AUGAGAUCAGCCCCCGCAGCAAAGACGCAACAGCCAAAACCAGCAAAAUACAAGGACAGUUGUGAUAACUGUGCACAGUCCAAAGUGAAGUGCAACCGAGCCAAGCCGGAGUGCCAGAGAUGCAUUCGAAAUGGGAUUGAAUGCCACUACAGCUUAGCAAGGAGAGGCAAAGCCAGGCUGUUAUACCCCGAGAAGUCGGCCGGAAGCACAAAGCAGUCGUCGUCAUCAUCCCUUCUCACCCCGCCUGGGCCUUCAACUCCGGACCAACAGGAUCACCAUCUCUCUUCGACCCAUUUAUAUGAGACUGACACCCUGGGACUUGCAGCAGAGCAAUGUGAGCUGGCAGCAGAUCUGCCAGCUUUAGCUGAGAUGCAUCCUCCCGUGAUUACAUCUGCAUCAUGCUGCGAAGACGUUGGCAUACACAUGUCCACGCCAGGGAGUAUGAGCUCCGCCUGCGGAAGUGCCGGCAGACUCGCUUGGUGUAACCCCGAGCUCACGCUCUAUCCUGGCCAGCAGGGGGUUAUCCCGAACGACACUUCGAUCAACCAGACUGGAGAACCCGUCUCACCAGGCCACCAUGUACCUGCAACAGCCCUUCCACUUCACUGGACAAACUUCCAAUUCCCGGCAGACAUCCAAAGCGCCGCCGGCAGCAACGGAACUACCCUCCAAUUCAUUGAUCCCAUGCUCACACCCUCGAGCAUGACUGCCACUCUAUUCGGUGGAGUGUCGACCGCCAAGCACCAUCCACCUGAGAUACCGUACCAAGCAACCACGAGCUUGUCCCUGGAGGCACCUCAGCAUGUAUGCCAGGGAUACCAAAGCUGUGCAUCUCUUGCGAUGUCUACAUAUGAGAGCUUGCAGGUACCCAAGGCCCCGUCAUGUGCUCCUAUAAGAAACGCUGCCCCGGACUACAUGGCAGGUCGGGUACCCUUGUCGGCUGCUCGGAGGAGCACGGAUGUAGUCCUUCGGGCAAGCCGCGCGGCCAUGGAAAACGUUGCUACGAUCCUGAAAUGCCCCUGUGGCGGUGCAAGCACAGACAACAGUACCAGCAGCCUGUCUAUUCUACUGUUACUCGUCUGCAGCAGUGUAGUUGAUGCAUUCCAACGCAUUCCCAUCAUUCGAGAGAAUAUGUCCUCUGGCUACGAGGGCGACGACCUGGAGCUUGAUCAACAGCACCAGAACCAAGACGUGGAUGUGGGACAGCUGAUGUCUGAGGAAACACCGCAGAGCUGCACGUCAGAGAUGGGUGGGAUGGAUGUAGACGUGCCGAUUGCUAUUGGUGGGUAUGUAUUGGAUGGCCACGCGAAGAGGAAGGCCAUAUCUAGUGUGCUGCUUAGCCAGCUAUACGAGGUUGGCGAGACGAUAGAGAAGGUGUCGAGCGAGGAUUCACAAGCUCAGGUCAUGGGCUGCUCAAUGCCACAUCUCAACGCGAGGAGGGGAAGCACGGGGGAAAUGGUAAUGGUACUCAAGUCCCUUUUGAUGACGAGGUUACGAGCUACGAUAAUUUCUGUCAAGGCAGAAGCCGAAUUCUGA